AGAUAUAAGCUUCAUCAUUCCACUCUGUAUUAUCACCCUUCUAGUGGUUCCCUUGAUGCUUGACACUUAAGCUCCAUAUCAUCAUUUUUGACAGCUACUUGGUGCUGAUAUUUAAAUUCACAAAGUGAAGGAAUUUAACAAAACUCUUUAUAUUUUCAAAGUUGCUGUUCAAGUGUCUUUUCAUGCAAAGAUUUUCAAGAUUCUUGCAGGUAUCAGAUUGAUUUUCUAUUUGAUGUGUUCUUGUUAGGCAUCUUUAUAUUUAUUAUAUAUGUAGUGUUUCUGGAGGAGUUAGGUUUUUGUACCUUAUAUUAUACAAUUUUCUUGCCUUAUUGUUAAGGAAAGAUUGCUUUUUUGGUUAGUUAGAAAGUGUCCAACUAGAGUUUGGUAUUAGGUAAGUGUUGUUGUGGUAUUGUUUUUGAGUAUCAGGGGCAGUGUUUAUGUACUUGUUGGAAUCCCUUUGGAGAUCAGAUCUUUGUUUAUGUGUUAAAGACCACAUGCAGUUUUGAUUCUAUUACAUAGUUAGACAUGGCUGAAACUAAACUUACUAAGGUAGAGAAGGGUCCAACAAAGGUUAGAAAUGUCCCGAUCGCGGUCACCCCGGAAGGUUUCUGGUGCUGUCCUGCUCCGGUUAUGUUUCCGAAGGCCCUCAAGACAUCAGGUCCCUUGAACAAACCUAAAUUAGCCCCUCCAGCACCCAAGAACCCUGUUCCAAAGAAACAGGCUCAAGAAACUGAGAAAAAGCAAGUACCUUUGGUGUCAAGGUCUGAAACUGGUCCUGACGAUCAAAGAAAACUUGGUACUGAUGAGCCUGUUUUUAGUGCAACGUUGAUCCCCGAGAGUGCAACAAAGCCCAAGACUGAAAAUGUUCCGAGGAAAGUGUCAAUUGAGUUUGGAGAACCUGGUACCAGUGACAUUAAGGUAGUCUUGCUUGGGAAUCAGGGAUUUACCGUGAAGUUAAGUACUCAUAAGAGUGUUCUUGUGGAAAGUAGUGGCUAUUUUGCUAAUAGAAUCACAGAACAUCAGCCUCUUCUGCCUAUUUUGGAAAUUGAUGAUUGCGAAGAUGUUGAAAUUUAUGUGGAAACAGUGGGACUGAUGUAUUGUAAAGAGAUCAAGCAACGAUUGAUCAAGCAAAGCGUCUCACGUGUUCUACGUAUCCUCAAGGUUGCAGAGCAAAUGAAGUUCAGCUUCUGCAUACAGUCAUGUUUAGAAUAUUUGGAAGCAGUCCCUUGGGUCGGGGAAGAAGAAGAAGAGAAAGUUCUUUCCUCAGUCUUGCAUCUUCAAGGAGAAGGAAUUGGCAUCACCCCAGUUUUGAAACGAGUGUCAUCAGGUGUAUCAAAACCACCCAAGGAUACAAUUUCAAAUAUACUUGAACUAGUGCUCAAAAGCAAUGAAGAGAGGGGUCGUCGAGAAAUGAAAAACAUUGUCCUAAAGCUCCUCAAAGAGAAUAAUAAUCUUCCUACUAGUUCGGACUCAGCUGACAUCUGCAAUGAAGGAAUUUAUAAUUCCUGCAGAAGCUGCUUAGACUCGUUAAUGUCUGUGUUCAGAACGGCUGCUGGACCUGAUUUUAGCGAAAAACCAAUGAAUAUUAAAGAACCUGUGGUAAAACAGCUAGCCUUAGAAGCUGAUAAUCUCUCAUGGUUGCUUGAAAUACUUAUUGACAGACAAGCAGCAGACGAGUUUGCAGUAAUAUGGGCUAAUCAGCUGGAGUUGGCAUCACUUCAUACAGGUAUUCCUAUUGUUUCUCGCCACCAUGUUAGCUGCAUCUCUGCAAGGCUAUUUGUUGGCAUUGGAAAAGGGGAGCUUUUACCGUUGAAGGACACUCGUCAUUUGUUGUUACAAACCUGGUUACAACCUUUGAUCAAUGAUUUUAGCUGGUUGCAACACGGGUGCAGGUCAUUUGAUAAGAAGGUUGUUGAGGAAGGAAUUGGCAGGACGAUCCUCACUCUGCCUCUAGAAGACCAGCAGAGUAUCUUGCUAGCUUGGUUAGGCAGUUUCUUGAAAACUGGUGACAAUUGCCCCAAUCUGCAGCGGGCUUUUGAGGUCUGGUGGCGACGAUCUUUCAUAAGACCCCAUGUCGAAUCUGCCAAUGUCAUCCAGUCAGAUAGCUGAGUCACAUCGGGACAAUUUAAAGAUAUUACGUAAUUUAUAUAAAAUGGAUAAUGUCUGAAUUAGCAAAAAAGAAAUGAAAGAAGAAAAAGAAGAGGAUAGUGUCUGCAUUAUCUGGAGCAUGGAAAUCAAUAAUUAUGGAUGCAUGAAGAGGAAUUGAUAACAGAAAACAUGCUGUCGCGAGGCUAUCUGAUGAGCUAAGAAUGUGUUUUAUUUAAAUCUUUAAGCAAUUAUCUGUGUUCCUUAACAUGGAAUUCUUAAAUUUCUGUAGGCUGGAAUGCUGAUUUGAAUACCAUAAAUUGGUCAAAGAGAUGUAUACUCUAAACUGUUACUGAGUAUUGUUUUACAUAAGCUAAGCAGUACUGUACAUAUUAACUCUGUAUUUCUAUGCUUUUAGACUGGGAUCCUUUUAAUUU